GCGUGCCUGCGCGCGGCGCCCGCCCGCUUCCGGUGAGUGUUGGCGGGGGCCGCGCAGCGGGGCCGCGGCCAUGGCGGAGGGAGGCGCGGAGCGGGCCGAUGGCCGCAUCGUCAAAAUGGAGGUGGAUUACAGCGCGACGGUGGACCAGCGGCUGCCCGAGUGCGAGCGGCUGGCGCAGGAGGGGAGACUGCAAGAAGUCAUUGAAAACCUGCUCUCCUUGGAGAAACAAACACGAACGGCCUCUGACAUGGUUUCCACAUCACGGAUCUUAGUGGCUAUAGUGAAAAUGUGUUACGAAGCUAAAGACUGGGAUGCUCUUAAUGAAAAUAUAAUUCUUCUGUCAAAGAGAAGAAGUCAGUUAAAACAGGCAGUUGCUAAAAUGGUCCAGCAGUGCUGCACUUACGUUGACGACAUCACAGACUUACCAGUCAAACUGCGCUUAAUUGACACGUUGCGGAUGGUUACGGAAGGAAAAAUAUAUGUGGAAAUUGAACGUGCUCGUCUGACAAAGACACUUGCAACAAUAAAGGAACAGAACGGUGAAGUGAAAGAGGCUGCCUCUAUUCUGCAAGAAUUGCAGGUGGAAACCUAUGGUUCAAUGGAGAAGAAAGAACGUGUAGAAUUUAUCUUGGAGCAGAUGAGGCUCUGUCUAGCUGUAAAAGACUAUAUCCGCACUCAAAUUAUCAGCAAAAAAAUUAAUACUAAAUUUUUUCAAGAAGAAAACACGGAAAAACUAAAAUUAAAAUACUACAACCUAAUGAUCCAGCUGGAUCAACAUGAAGGCUCCUACCUCUCCAUCUGUAAGCACUACAGAGCCAUUUAUGAUACUCCAUGUAUUCAAGCUGAGAGUGAAAAGUGGCAGCAGGCACUGAAGAGCGUUGUUCUUUAUGUUAUUCUUUCACCUUAUGACAAUGAACAGUCUGAUUUGGUGCACAGAAUUAGUAGUGACAAAAAGCUAGAAGAAAUCCCGAAGUAUAAAGACCUCCUCAAACUAUUUACCACCAUGGAAUUGAUGCGAUGGACUGCCCUAGUUGAAGAAUAUGGGAAGGAAUUGAGAGAAGGAUCCCUUGACAGUCCUGCAACAGAUGUUUUUGGCUGUACAGAGGAAGGUGAAAAGAGAUGGAAAGAUUUAAAGAAUAGAGUUGUGGAACAUAAUAUUAGAAUAAUGGCUAAAUAUUAUACCAGAAUUACAAUGAAGAGAAUGGCACAGCUCCUUGAUCUGUCCGUUGAUGAAUCGGAGGAGUUUCUGUCUAACCUAGUAGUUAAUAAGACCAUCUUUGCUAAAGUAGACAGGCUUGCAGGAAUUAUCAAUUUUCAGAGGCCUAAGGAUCCAAACAAUAUACUGAAUGACUGGUCUCACAAGCUGAACUCACUAAUGGCCCUAGUUAACAAAACCACGCAUCUCAUUGCCAAAGAGGAGAUGAUACAUAACUUGCAGUAAGGUGCCUCAAUAAUCUCAGUGCUUUUAAAGAAGGCAUUAAAUCUUCAUAAUAGAGACUAUUAUUACAGUGUGUAUAUGUUUUUUUUUCUCCCUGUCAAACCUUCCUGGACUAAAAUUUAGAACAUAAUUCCCGAUGACAGUUAAGUUCCCUUGAUUGUUCAGAUGUUUUUUUUGCUACAAUUGGUGAAAGAACAUAAUAAAACGGUAUUGCCUGUAUAAUAGCAGUCUUGUGAUUUAUUCUUUUCCAUUUAUACCUGUAUCUGUCUAAUGCAUGAUUCCGUGGUUAUUUUCAUUUUUGAGACUGUGACUGAGAGGACAUACUGUAAAUAAAACAAAAGUCUAGGGUUUAAUGGUAGCAUGCACUGAGGUAACUGAUGUUAAUAUUAUAACGUUAUGUCAGAGGUCAAAAUAAAGGCCUGCUAGCUUCUUAAACAAUGCAUUGGAUAUGUUUGAUCAUGACAGUAUGGGAUUAAACCAUUGCAUUCAUCUGAACUUUGUAAUUCAUCUCUCCUCAAUGUACCCUCAAAACCCCCUUAGUGCUGUUUGCUUCUUAAGAUUCUCAUUUUGUGGAUCAAAGGCAAAAAUGAAUUAGUUUGAAUAUCCUUACUGUAGAAAUUGUAUGUGUUUAAGGAGUCUGUGUUGAAGAAAUAUUAUCCUUGGAUAAUUAUGUAGUAAGAUUAAAGUUGAGAUCAUUUGUUCAUUAGAGGACACUGGAGGAAUUCCAGGGGAAUUUUCAUGCUGGAGAAUCAAAACUCGUUACUCUUCAGUCUAAUAAUCAGACAUUAAUGACUGCCUAGAAACAGAUUACUUUAUUGUUUAAUAAGCUGAAGCAUUGCUGUUGCUAUCUAACCUAAGGUCUACCACUGACUUGUUUGUGGCAGAAGGUAAACCACGUAACUUCUGAUAGUUUCCCAUGGUUGGUGCUUCUGAGGGAUUUAAAGGAAAAUAUAAAGAUCUAGUGUGCUAGGACAAUAAAAACAUUGCAUCUCUUACUGCAAUCAGUCUGGAGCUUCUAUUGGGAAAUACCUCCUGUUGUUUUGUUUUCCAGAGGUGAAAGAUGCCUGGUGGCAUGUUAGACUGCAGUGUCAGUGAGGCAAUUCUGUGCUGAAUGUGCUAUGUGUUUAUUAAUUGUACAUGUUAAUUGCAAUGGUGUUUCCUGUAUUUUGAAGUUAGACAUCACAAGUGAAACUGAUUGAAAAAUGAGUUCUCUAUAUUGGAAUUCAAGAAAUGCCAUUUCCCAGAAACAGGAGUGAACGCUAUCAGAGACUGGAAAUUGGUUUUCUGAAUUUCCUGGGAAAGCAAAAGUCCGAAGAGAAAGGGGGAAAAAAAAGCAACAGCGUAAGUUUGAAAUAAUUAAAAAAGUUUUGUUUUGAAAAAGUAGAAACUAAACUAUAGCUGUGAUUCCAAGUGUGCAGUGCAGCUCAUGGGAGAGCCAGAACUCUAGGGCUUUUUGGCUAGCAGCUUUCCAUUAGCCCUGAAGCAAGUGGGGGUUUCUAAGUUUCCAACUCUUCCAGAAUUUGUGCCACACCUUUCAGAACUCUGCUCAGAUCUUUGCUUCAUGGCAGGGAGCCUAGUAGCCCUAAGUGGCCCCAGGUUUUCAAACUCAUGCUUUUUGGCAAAGAGCCUAGAUUCUCCAAGGUCCUUGGCAUGGCUCCUAGCUUCACAGAAUAGGGAGAAGUCCUGUGAGCAGUGAGGAUUUACAGAAUUCUGACUUAAGGGUAGGGAGACUAGAUGUAUUAGUACCUUCUGUACAGGGCUUCCUUGCAGUCCCCUGGAGGUUGAACUCUAAAUUUCCAUCAAGAAGCUGUAGUUUUCAGGAUCUUAAAAUGUGUAAAAAUAGAAUUGAACUCGGCUUUGUUGCAUUUGUUGGAUUUUUUUUUUUUUUUUUAGUCCUAGUAUUAUAAUUAGUCCCUAGAAAUAUCACUUGCUGCACUUCUGAGGAUCUGAAUCCUGUCAAGUCUCAUGAUGCUCAGCAGAGAUUCAUUGUUUUUGUCCUCCUCAUGCCUCCCCAUUGUGACUGUGGCAUUUCUGAUAUUUCCAACCGCUACUGUUGUUUUUCUUCUGCUCCCAGACUCAAAUGCGAUCCACCAUUCUUGGUCUUCUUGGGCAGAAGAGCAUGCUGCAACCAGUACAAAAACUCAAAUUCCUCAGCAGAGUCUAGUACUCUCCUCUUGUCAUGAAAUGCCAUUAGUGACCAUUGCACAGGGGGAUUCCAGGAACUUGGGACAGUUCUGGAAACAUGAGUAGUCAGCAUAUCUGUGUCUAUGUCUAGCCUGUGCUGCGGGAAGACCUGGUUUCUCAACUCAGCCUGUAGAGUUGUAAUGGUGUGUUUGAUUGCAGAGGUUGGAAUGAUGGCAACUUCCACAUAAUACCCAAUAAGGACAGAGAAACCUCCUACAAUAGCAGUUAAUAUAUUAAGCUUAUUUCCUUAAGUUAUCCUUUAAUAUUGGCAUUAUUCUUUAAUAUUGUAUUGAAACAUGUCAAUAAAAGCCACGUGAAGUCUUUU